CGUUCCAUCGAGGAAUUGAAAAUGAAAUACGAAUCAUCAGCAGCCGUCUUCGAAACACCCAAGAUGUCUUCCAAACCUAAAUCACCCAAGAAAUUGAAGAAAUCUAAAGUUAAGCAAAUGGCCUCCAUGUUCAACACCAAAAUAUCACAACUCAUCAAACGUGAUUCCGAAGUGGGAAAAUAUGCUGCUUUGGUAAAUGAAUUCUCACCAGAACCUAAACCACAGCCUAGAGCCACCUUUGAAAAACCUGUGCCCAAGCCUAGAACACGUUUUACCAAGCCAAAGGCACCAGUUCCUAGUCCCCGCCUUAAAACAUUAAACAAAGUUGGCGAAAAACCCUCUGCUUGUUUUGUGGCGGAAGAAGUAUUUGCCAAGUUAUCGGUAAAAGACAAAGCUAAAUUCUAUACACAAUUUGUGGAAGAAAUGUCGAAAAAGAAUCCUCAAUUUGGUAAACAUGCUCAACUAAUGGAAACUAGCUCGAACAAGGAUGGUAAUCAAGGUGGAGUUAUUGUGGAGAAACAGGCCACAGUUAAAGAAUUACUCAAAGAACUUGAGUUAAAUAAUGCUUUAACUAAACCCAACAAAGCUUUACAAAGUCUCAACUCUAUAAAGAGAGAUUUUGAUGCUUAUACAACAACAGCAGUCAAUACUUCUAUACCCUGCAAAGCCAAGGAGUUUGAGGAUAUUUUAGAGAAGAACAAGAUAAAACAAGAAAAAAACAAAUCCUUAUGUAGCCUACCAGACACAACUGAAACACAACAACAAGAUCUCACAAGCAAUUCAAUCUUCCAAAACCAACAAUUAGAAGAUUUGUUCUUUUCCUGGUUUAAGGAGAAACAUGAUAACGAUGAUUGCGUUGAAGACUUAUCAAAUCAAUCAGAAGUGGAUGAAGAAAAACAAAAAUCCGCCAUUGAUAGACUAUUGGAAGAAGCCAUAGCGAAAUUGGAAAUCAUAGAAGCUGAACAAAAUACUCAAGUGCCCAUACCCAUGCCACGCAAAAAGAAAUCAUCAUCAUCUUCCACUACAUCAUCUGGAACCGAAGAAAGUGAAUCUGGUCUAUCUUCUUUGCCCAAGAAUACCAGCGAGGAGUCACAAGCUGAAAAUCAAACCACUAAAACUGAGAAUUCUGAAAAUGGUUUUGAAUUUGCCAAACCUUUGAAGCCUCUACGCAAAAAGAAAUUGCGCAAAAAUGCCUUGAUAAAGAGUGAAGUCAACCAAAUCACCUCUACAGAUUCGGAAUCGGAUAGUAAGCAAGCUGAAACUAAACUUAAAAAUAAAAAGUUAUUUAUACAACCAGCACAGCAACAACCGUUAGAGAAGGUGAAGCCAGAAUCGGAAGAAAGUCUAGCAGAAUUAGAUGAAUCCCUAAUGAGGGUUGUAAACUCACCACGCAAAAUCAAAUCGGCCUAUACUCUCACUGUUUUGGAAACUCCCCUGUGUACACCACGUUCAUCGCUUAACAUUGCAAAACCUCAACCAUCUUCCGAUACUUUAACGGAUCAGGGAUUUGAAACUGCUACUAAUGAUAUUGACAGUCCCUUCAAAAGAAUUUCUACACCAGAUAUGACAAACUCUCCCAUGUCUACCCUGAACAGAAGCAAAAACAAUUUUGGCUUUUCAACACCCAUUAAGGCUCAAGAACAUCAUACCUUCACCGCCACCGGAACAGGCUCAGCUAAACAAUUAUUUAGUCCCAUCUCUAAACCUUUAAAAAAUCGCCGCAAAUCUUUAUAUGACGUAGAAUCAAGACGUAACUCUCUAGCCAUGCAGGUUAUCAGAGAAGAUCAACCUUUGGAAGCACAAGAAACCUACAGCAGUAAUCUCUACAGCCAAACCGAACAAAGAUUCUUUGCAAAUGCUCCUACCAUGGAAAUGUCUCAAGAAACAACCAAUAAACCUGUUCAAAAGACUUCACAAUUUUGGAUUAAAUGUGGUGACUUUUCGGUAGCUUUGGAAAUCAACUACAAUGAAGCCGAAAGAUUGCGUCUUUUGUAUGAAAUCUUUAGUCAAACUAGCUGCGAAACCAAGGAUUUACAUUUCGGCAUAGAUGAUCAGAAAUUUUCCGUUCAUGGUCCUUACGAAAUGGAUAAUACCUCAAAACGUAUGCCUGCUUCUAAGGGUUCUUCACACUAUUGGUUUUCCACCGGAGACUUGGCCAUACCUUUCAGUGGCAAAUAUUUAACAGCACAAAAAAUACAACGUAUCUUCCGUGUCAUCAAAGAAACCGUAGAAGAAACUGGCAUUCUACGUUUUGGUGUAGAUGAAGUGGAAUUCUCCAAUGUUCCCGAAUUUUGGUAUCAACCUGCCAAAUUUUCAGUGGAAAGUCAAUACAGCAUGCUAGUGGGUUUACAAUCUGGUGAUAGCAAUGGCUUAGAAGGACGCAGUAAAUACGCCUGGCCUCACAGCAAGCCGGUAAUGAUUAGCGAUCUCGAUGAAUCCGACAACUAUGAGGAAAUUGAGCGAGGACGUUUAUCUUUCUCCCCCUUUGGCAGCAAUCAUUAUGAUUUAGCCUCUUUGGACAAUGAAGAACUUUCCAUGCCACGCAAUAGCCAAGCCAUGAUGAGUCUAGAAUCAUAUUGUGGUGAAUAUGAAAGUGAACCUUUGGAUCAACUUUUCGAUGAUAGUUUUAGUCAAGCAUCGGAACAAUCAAGAAAUCUUUCGUUACCCGAAAUCGUUAAUACCGUACAAAAUGAACAGCAACGUUUGGGUGGUAUACAAGAACAAUUGGCCAACUAUACUAAACCCUCCUAUGUGGGCAAGGACUCAUUGGAUGGUCUUAAAGGUACACCGGAAUAUGUGGAACAACUUAAGGACAUUGUUACCGAUAUCAGCAAUAUUGGCAACACUGACAAUUUUAAGUCGUGCUCUGUACAAGAAUUGGAAAGUUAUAUGCAUUUCCUCAGUCGUUAUGCUGAAAUCUGCUUAAGCAAAUGCUCUAAACAUAUGGACACAGUUUUGAAUGCUUUGGACGAUUACAAAGCCGUAGUAGUUUAA